ACUCUCGACAGGACUUUUCCCCGAAGUUCUCACUUGCGCAGAGCUGGAGACUUUCCCGGACUCGAACGUGCUUCUUAAUUAAUUAAUUGACUUAACUUGGCGGCCUCAUGGAAAUUGGCUUUAAUUCUAAUUGGCCUUUAAUGCUUUUACUCUUUUAUCUUUGUGCUCUAACUAAAAAGGGUUAAUUGAUAUUUCAAGUAAACAAGUUAAUUAACAAUAACAAAUAAAGUGAUGGUUUAUUCUUAAAACUAAACAAUAAUUGGCCAAACUAAUGCGGAAUUACUAUUAGAUUUAAUAUUCAAAUGCUGAGUUUUAAGGUUCGGACUGAAUUAGUGAACGGAUUAAGCUGAUUUAAAAGGAUAUUCAGUUCGGAAUUUAUCUAGCGUGGGCGCCAAGCAAUACCUUUUAAAGCGGGAAGGGAAACCAUUACAACCACACUCAGUCGAGUCCAGGAAGCGUCUGCUUGGGCACUCAGGUGGCGCCCUGAGCGCGGCGGUCGUAGUUCUUGGUGGUGGCGUGGCGCGCGGGGCGGGAACUUAAGGGUUGUGCUCAGCUUUGGUUAAUAUACUAAAUGGCCUUAACGCGCGCGGUUACAUAAUUAUAAGAUUUGUACAAUUAAAGUUCUUCUUCUGCAAUACAAUAAUUAAAGGUCCCUGUGGUUACACCACAGACUGCCUCCCGACAAAUUUGAGUCACGCCCUCGUGACUCGUAACUUCUUUGUCCUCCCGGGUCCUCGGCAGGGUCAGUCUGGGGCGCAAGGUUGACAGCAUUCGAACAAGCUGCGCAAGUGCUCUCGAGGGCCGAGGGCGUCCGAGACAAUGGGGUUGUUAUCGGGUCCCUCAGACAGGCUUGCGCUCCGCUGCAGGUUCUCAGGGUGGUGAGAAUUGGUUCUCAGCGCGCGCGUCAUCCAGGUUGCCCUCAAAUCAGCAACUCGGCAUCUGUGACCUUUGCUCUCUGUUCGGACAGAUUCAUAGACAAAUAUGUUUCGCAAACAGUGAACUUACAUUUUAAUUACAAUUUUCGAAAAUUUUAAAUUUUGUUCCUUAAUUAACAUAUUAUUAAUUUAUAAUUGCCACUUUUGGUAUUUUAAAACCAAUUUUUUUUUUUAAAUUAAUUUCUUAAAUUACAAAUUUAAUUUAUCCGUAAAAUUAACAUGAUUUUUAACAUUUUAAUCUUAAGAAAAUUUGGCACGAAAUUGCUCACACUGGAUUAAAUAGCUAAAAAGCAGCAUGAAUGAAGGUGGUAAGCAACCCGCGCUACAUUUGUGCGAGCGUUUUCUUUCUUCCUCAUCUUCUUGCCUGCUCGCUCCUGCGGGAGGCGUGACGUCACGCACAGGGCAGCGAACAGCGGUGCGGUGGAGGGAGGAGGAAAGGUACCAAAACAAAACAUAAACAAAUUGGCGAUGAGAGAACUGCACUCGUCGAUGCGGCGAUGAUUUUCGACACGAUUUUGCUUGCCGACAGUGCCGACGAAUGUAGGAGGAUAUCUCUUGCUCGUCAAGAAGCUUUUACGGCCUCCCGACAAGACUCUUGCGUCGGUCUUCUCUUCUGGUGGGAUGAGAUGACUCUACUUGGACCUUGGGGUUGCUCGAGGUUGGCAUCCAAGCACACUGGAGCCUUUCUUUGGUUUCCGAUGGAGGGAGCCCAUCGAGUUGCUCGGCAGUGGCGGACAUUCACGACAAGCUUGACGAAGGCUAAGAGGCUUUCCUUGGUUGCUGGAGGGUGGCCGUUGGUGAUCGGCAGUGUAGCUCCCACCGUGGAGCCACACACGGAGGUGAUGGUCGCACUCGGAGGCUGAACGGGGCAGACUGACGGUGCUGCUGGAUUGCUCUGCCACAUAUUGGACGUCACCACACUGCUGGUGGUUUGCAUGAGAGUGCUCUGGUGGUUGGGGGCACCAAAGACAGCAUCCUUCAGCUGGCGAAUGUAUCCCAAGAGCUGCUGCUGCUGCUGCAAUUUUUCAUCCUCAGCUGCUUGAGCUUGCUCCUCACGCUCACGCCGGAGCUUGGUUCGCCGCAAGAAGUGCUCUUGAUUUUCUGCAAUUUCCCUCAUGCUGGAAAGGCCAUCAAACGCAUCUUUGGCCUCGGAGUAGCUGGGUGGCUGCUCAAACUCGGACGCCAACGCCUUCUUCAGGUCUUGGAGUGAGAGGGCGUCCAAGUUGAGCUUGCUGGCGAACCGGAACACGUCGCCUUCAGUGUUGCUGACAGCAAGGCGGACAAGCUCUGCAUCUCGGGUGUUUGGAAAGGCGAUUUUCACCCGCUCAACACUGUGGAUGAAGUUCUUCAAGGACAGGCUGCCAUCUGCUUUGUAGAUGCCAAUCAACUGGUAGACAUGAGCUCGAAUGGCGAUGGACUGUGGGUCUUCUGGUUGGAUAUCUCUGUUGACCAACUCGGACGAGGUGAGAGGUUCCAUGGUCAAAUUGCUCUUUUGAGCACUAUCCCGGAUUCCUUUGAUCCUGAUGUCGAUGAGCCAAGCGAAGAAAUGAUAAAGUACCAAAAGUCCAUCCUAGAGUUGGCCGAAAUUGAAGCAGCUACAACCAAACUGGCUGUAAGGGCAGAUGAAGUACGGAGUGUCGCCCAGGAACUAUCGCCUAGAAUGGACCAGGAACGGAAUAUGCCUUCCACGUCUGCCAGUCUGGUUCCCACUGCGGGCCAGAGUUUUGAUCCGAACUGCCCCACUUCAAGCAGGCGGCCAACAAGACGAACUGCCAGACUACCACGACAGGAAGAGAGAAAUGUGUCCACCUCGUCUUCUGACGAACACAUUUCACAACAGCCGACGGACAAGGAGUGGAAUGUGCCUUCCACCUCUGGUGGUAGUCUGGUUGCCACUGCGGGCCAGAUUUUUGAUCCGAACUGCAGCCCAAGAUCAACUAGGCAGACAAGAAAAACUGCCAGACCACAACAGGAAGAGCGAAAUGUGUCCACCUCGUCUGACGAACAGGACCAUGAGGAGCCUUCCGCCUGCACGUCUGACAAUCUGGUACGGUCUGAGUUUUUUGAUCUGACAAAUCGGCCAAGAUCAAGCAGGCCACCAACACAAACUGCCAGAUCACGACAGGAGACUGAGGCUGAAGAAAAACUACUUGGUACCCAGAGAGAACCCCUUUACCGACUCUAUCUUGGCAAGGCCGAGUUGGAAAUAGGUGUCCUCACCGACGAAAAGAAGCUUACUCUGGUCAUCAAGAGCUGCACUACAGCCCAGCAAAUGAGCCAUGGAAUUGCUUACCUUUUAUUCGGUCGCAGGCGGCUAGUUCGGUCAACCUAAAAUGAUGGGCUCAACACCAUCAACAGAAUGGAUGAGUUGGACAAAUAGUUUUGAGCAUCAUAAUCGGGCACCGAUUGAUAUUGUGUUUUAAGAACAGAAUUCGGAAUAAUGGAUUCCUCUUCGAUAGAAUAUCGUGUCUAUGGGAUUCCAGAAGAGAAGUUCUUCACAAUUUCUGCCAGUGACUUCCGAGGAAGAAAUAAGCCAAACGGAACCGAAUAUGGCAAUUACACCAAAUACCGUUUUGUAAACCCUUUUUCAGGAGAAGCCUCACGUUGUUGCAACGAGAGGGUUGGUGGUAAAAAAGGAGGAGGCCAAUGACGUCAAAUGCGAGCCCGACAACAUGAGUUUUGAGCCGACAGACACAUCUUCACCCCCAAUAUUGUCAUGAACGACUUCACCACCGAAUAAUGACCAAAGUGUUGUUGAAGAGGUUCCUGAGGAAUUGAACGCCAAGCAGGAGCUGAACUUCAACUCAUCACCAUUAUUUGAUGAUUCGUCCGUUUUGAUCAUAAUGGAUGAAGGCUCGUCGCCUCCCAUUAAUAAAAGCGCCGAUCUGAUCGUGCAGAAUUAAGAAACAGAGAACGGCAAAAAACCAAAAUAUUCUGAUUCCUCCGCAGAGGACCAACGGUCGUCAUCAGAUUGGUUGAAGGUGCCCAAGACGAAGAGCAGGUCCUGAAAUAACCGCUGCUGACGAUGCAGACGACAUGGAGAAAGAUGAGUCUAAUGAAAAGCUACUCUCACAAGAUCAAGAGCACCCGGCGACCACAUCCCCGGCUGCAGAUGUUACGGAGGCAGUUCAGCCUAACAACCUGCGCGACUUGCAAGAUUUUGAAGCUGAGAAUUCUGAUUCCUCUGCAGAGGACCAACAGUCGUCAUCAGGUGGCCAAGACAAAGAGCAGAACUUCCUGAAAUAACUGCUGACGAUGCAGACAACAUGGAGAAAGCAGAUGAGUCUAAUGAAAAGCUACUCUCACAAGAGCAAGAGCACGCGGCGACCACAUCCCCUGCGGCAGAUGUUACGGAGGCAGUUCGAAAACCGCUUCUUGCAAGAUUUUGAAGCCAAGAAUUCUGAUGCCUCCGCAGAGGACCAACGGUCGUUAUCAGGUGCCCGUGAAACAGAGUUGGAACGUCCUGAAAUAACUGCUGAUGAUGCAGACGACAUGGAGAAAGAUGAGUCUAAUGAAAAGCUGUCACAAGAGCACGCGGCGACCAACCCUUCGGCAGAUCUUACGGUUCGAAAACAGCCUAACAACCUACGCUUCAUAGCUUUGGAGGAUUUUGAACCUCACCAGCCGGCGACCUGGACCAGGCGGCACCUCCGCCGGACAAUUAACACCCCAGCCUGACACCCUCGAGACACACCCCCGAGUUUUGCCUGCAGAACUGACAGAUUCCCAAUCUGGCGACCACCUGCUGACCCAACAGCUGUCCCCCGGGUUCAACACCCCAGUGAGUCGCCAGGCCUUUUCUCUGUGACUGACUAUCAGCGCUCCCAGGAGAACCUGUCCGACCCUGCAGCAGCCCUUCAUCUCGUCCGGUGUCAUCCGAGCAGCGACCUCGAGAGAACUUCCAACCCCACCCGUGAUGAAGCAACCCGCCCCGCCUCCCAUCAGUGAUUUUCCCCACUAAAUUAAAAGUAUUAUCUGAAAAGUAGAAUUGUACUAAAUAGGGAAUAUAACCCAGAAGAAGACAAC